ACUAAGAGAUUUUUUUUUUUCGUUUCCUCUCUCGCCCCUAUAAACUUUACCACUACUCGCCCCGUGCGCUCUCCUCGUCGUCGUCGUCGCCGCCGCGAGCGAACCGGGAGGAGAAAGUCCAAACCCUCGCGAAGGCAGAGUCGGGGAUAGGGAUAUCGCCGAGGUGGGAGAAGGCGACGUCGCCGACAUGAAGCUGUUCGUGAAGACCCUGAAGGGCACCAACUUCGAGAUCGAGGCGAGCCCCGAGGCGUCGGUGGCUGAGGUGAAGAGAAUCAUUGAGAGUACUCAGGGGCAGAAUGUGUACCCGGCGGAUCAGCAGAUGCUCAUACACCAAGGGAAAAUUCUCAAGGAUGAUACAACUUUGGAAGGCAACAAAGUUGCUGAGAACAGCUUCCUUGUUAUAAUGCUGUCUAAGGCCAAAGCAUCAUCAAGUGGAGCUUCAACUGCUUCAAAGGCACCUGUGAGCCAGUCUCAACCAGCAACUCCAGUUGCCUCAGUUGCAAGAACACCACCUCCACAAGCACCUGUUGUUACACCUGAACCGGCACCUCCAAGUGCACAGCCUCCAGUUGCUUCUGCCACUCCAGCUGCUGCUGCCACUCCAGCUGCUGCUGUGACCGCAUCAAGUGAUGCGGAUGUCUACAGUCAGGCUGCAUCAAAUCUUGUUUCAGGUAGCAACCUAGAACAGACAAUCCAACAAAUUCUUGACAUGGGUGGUGGCACCUGGGAACGUGACAUGGUUGUCCGUGCUUUGCGUGCUGCAUAUAACAACCCUGAGAGAGCUAUUGACUAUCUGUAUUCUGGAAUUCCUGAGAAUGUGGAGCCCCCACAACCUGUGGCUCGAGCACCUGCUGCUGUUCAACAGGGAAAUCCACAGGUUCCAUCUCAGGCUCAGGCUGCACCUCCACCGCCUGUGCAGCCAGCUGGUGGUGCCUCAGGACCUAAUGCGAAUCCUCUAAACCUAUUCCCCCAGGGCAUUCCAAGUGCUGGGUCAAAUCCUGGUGCUGCUGCUGGUGCCGGUGCCGGUGCUGGUGCCCUUGAUGCAUUGCGACAACUUCCACAGUUCCAAGCGCUGCUUGCAUUGGUCCAGGCUAAUCCCCAAAUCUUGCAGCCAAUGCUUCAAGAGCUUGGGAAGCAGAAUCCGCAAAUCUUGCGGUUGAUUCAGGAAAAUCAGGCUGAAUUUCUCCGUCUGGUGAAUGAAUCUCCUGAUAGCGGCGCUGCUGGGGGAAACAUACUAGGUCAACUAGCAGCCGCUAUGCCACAGGCACUUACAGUUACUCCAGAGGAACGGGAGGCCAUUCAGCGGCUGGAGGCAAUGGGGUUCAACCGUGAGCUCGUUUUGGAGGUCUUCUUCGCAUGCAACAAGGAUGAAGAGCUGGCUGCCAACUAUCUUUUGGAUCAUGGCCAUGAGUUUGAGGAUCAACAAUAGGUGUUGUUAGUUUGGUCUCAUCGUGGCUGGGAGACCCCAAAAAAAAAAUGAAAUCGAGGCAGAAGCAGUGCAGUUCAGUAUCGUUAUUAUUUCUGACUGCUGAGAGAUACCUGGCCGUGUGUGCAAUGCCGCUGACUAUGUUUUAAUUUCCUGUGUCUUGGGAAUGCUUUUAAAGUACAUAUUAAUUUCAUAUUCACAUAUUAUACUGUGUAUAAAAGUUGCAUGUUGGCCUUGUGUGCAA